AUGAUUAGAAGAAUCCCCAUCAGAUCAAUCCAAACCAGUAUCAGGGCUUUGGCCAAGAACGACCCAUCCACCAUUGACCUGUACAAAUUGCCCUCUCAGACCUCCAUAAACGAGUGGGAGUUCAAGUACGACUUUAUCCCCAAGGUCGCCCAACCCAAGAUCCCUCCUGUUUCUCCUGAGGCUGUGAAGCAGGACAUUGCCCAAAGCAAGAAACAGCAGGUUGAGCAGGAAUUGCUCACCAAGGAGCAGAACGCCUCUGUCAAGGUGGAGGCCAACACUGCUGACGUGCUUCAUGGUGGUGAGUUUGUUUCAAGUGAGCCAGCCAACAUCAGCGACGAGGGCUCGAAGCCUGUGGACGCUUCUCACAAACACAUCGCUAAGCCAGGUAAGACUGCCAACACAGAGAAGUACGUGCAGAGCUCCACCAACCCUGAAAUCAACAAGCCAUCUGUGGUGAACUUGGGUGAGAACGAGGUCGACCACAAGGUAAGCCCUGUGAACGCUCAGGAGCAGGUUGUGGACGAUGUUGAGGACGGCCAGACCAAGAGGCUGAGCCCGGUCAACCCAACUGUGCUUCUUGGUGUUUUGGGCUUGGGUGGUGUUGCCGGCUAUUUUGCCUUUGGCACUGGAUCAAAGGACGCCAAGGAGGGGAAGAAGGCUUAA